UCGUAUUCAGAUCACAGUUCUUGGUUUUAGCGCUCCUGCUCAACGGAGGAAGCCCUUGAUUCAGAUAUGUAUUCCCAAGUGCCCUUGUUCGUCGCGCGCCGCUUUGGCUCUCGUUGCAUAAGCCCGAAUGUCAGCCUGCGUUCGUCCGGUAAUUCGUCCGAAGAAUUUGGAUUUCGUCCGGUCAGCAACGUCAACCAUCAUUAUGCUACAGACUGCUAGAAUUCUGAUAAAAACUUGAUUCCCAUAUUUCUAUUCAUGUUUCUUGAUUCUCAUGUCCUGCUAUAAAUGCUCAAAUUCAGAGGUGCUUUUGUUUCAACAUUCCUGUCCUCACUGCCACCUCACUUAUUCCUGCCGUUUUCACCCCAUCGAGCUGUACCAUUUAAAGGACGUCUAAACCGAACCGUGUCAUUUGUUUCCCUGAAAAUGGGGUGGUUUAAUUCAUUUCUCUAUUCCCAACUAUUUGUUACUUUACCUGAGCCGACGAAAGAUUUCUCCGGCCAGACAGUGAUUGUCACCGGCUCAAAUACAGGUCUUGGCCUCGAAGCAGCUCGUCAUCUCUCCCGCCUCAAUGCUAAUCUUAUCAUCCUCGCCGUCCGAAAUCAGGCCAAAGGAGAUGCCGCAAAGAAGAAUGUUCUUUCUAGUACAAACCGACCGGAAACCAGCAUCGAGGUGUGGAGUUUGGACAUGCAAUCUUAUGAUUCCAUCAAAGCCUUUUGCGCCAAAGCUGGUACACUUCCUCGCCUCAAUGCUGUGAUCGCAAAUGCUGGUAUCAUGACCAAGUACUGUAAGCUUGUAGAAGGGUACGAAAGCACUGUCACUACGAAUGUUAUCGGCACGUUCCUACUGACGCUGGGACUCCUGCCAAAGCCCAAGCAGUCAGCAGCGGAUUUCAGCAUACAACCCAGACUCACUAUCGUCGCGUCAGACUUGCAUUUCAUCGCAAAAUUUCCGGAACGCCAUAGUGAAGAUGUCCUGGAGGCUUUGGAUAAUGAGGAAUCUGAAAUGGGUAUGGAGAGGUAUGCGGUUACAAAGCUCAUCGAAGUCUUUGCAGUUGGGGAGCUAGCCUCGAUUAUAUCUAAAGACUCUAAUUCUGUCUCUCCAUCUGUCAUUGUCAAUUGUAUGACACCAGGCGCAUGCAAGUCGGAUUUUCAUCGUGAAAACCCUAACAUUGGCGGUAUCAUUCAAUCCAUCCUGGACGCGAUUAUUGCGCGAACGACCGAAGCCGGGAGUAGGACUCUACUGGCUGGAAUCGCCGCUGGCGAAGAGUCUCAUGGGUCAUAUAUGGCGGAUUGUAAAGUUGCAGAACCUGGUCCGAUGGUUCUUGGCUCUAAUGGGAAGGCGCUGCAAGAGACUGUUUGGUAUCAGCUUGUUCGGCAUCUGGAAGCUAUCCAACCUGGUAUUGCACAGAAUGUCUAGGCAACGAGCCGCUCGCCUGAUUCGUCUCUUAAGCAUCAUCAAUCAGGAUAUGUUGUGAACGAUAGCAAGCGCUGGGGCCAUAUGUGAGAUAAAGAGUCAAAUUGAAUAUGCUAACAUUCUUGUUUUCUCAUUUUCCCAGUGAUCUUGUCCCAGCAAAACUAUGCCAUCGUUAAAUAACCGUCAGAAAGACUAUGUGUGUGCAAAAGGCAAACGAGAUAGAGCAUCUUACAACAGACACGACAGUAAUAUGUUGCUAUGUGCUAAGAUAUGUGAUUUUUGACCAGUAGUAUCGUAAUUGAAAGUUCAGAUCCUCUUCUAACCGCCCCAGAUCUCAUUCCAUAUUUCACACUCUCUCAUUCCCCCGGGACGCUGAACUACAACCACUACACCACCACCUUCAAAAAGGCUGCACCCCUCCCUGUUUGACCACACACCCCACCUCCCCAUCCCUCUCCCCUUCCA